AGGCCAAUGGGCUGGGCCGCACGGCCGCGCGCACUUACACCCGCUGUCCCCAAGACCCCGACACGCCGUCCCCAGCGCGAUUCUUCGGCUCUCGUCUGGUCCACAGCCGUCGGAGUCGCCAUGCAGUCCUCACGCACCGCGCUCUUUUCUCUAUUGCUGCUGCUGCUGGCGGCGCCCUCCUUGGCGCUGCCGUCCGGGACCGGCCGCUCGGCCUCAGCUACCACUGUGUGCCCGGAGCGCUGCGAUCCCACACGCUGCGCCCCACCGCCCACGGACUGUGAGGGCGGCCGAGUCCGGGACGCGUGCGGCUGCUGCGAGGUGUGCGGCGCGACUGAGGGUGCAGCGUGCGGCCUGCAGGAGGGUCCCUGCGGCGAGGGGCUGCAGUGCGUAGUGCCCUUCGGGGUGCCCGCCUCGGCCACAGUACGACGGCGCGCUCAGGCCGGCCUGUGCGUGUGUGCCAGCAGCGAGCCGGUGUGCGGCAGCGACGCCAAGACCUACACCAACUUGUGCCAGCUGCGCGCCGCCAGCCGCCGCUCUGAGAAGCUUCGCCAGCCUCCGGUCAUCGUCCUGCAGCGCGGCGCCUGCGGCCAAGGGCAGGAAGAUCCCAACAGUUUGCGGCAUAAAUACAACUUUAUUGCUGACGUGGUGGAGAAGAUCGCGCCUGCUGUGGUUCACAUUGAACUGUAUCGCAAGCUUCCAUUUUCAAAGAGGGAGGUGCCGGUGGCUAGCGGGUCUGGAUUUAUCGUGUCUGAGGACGGACUGAUCGUGACAAACGCUCACGUGGUGACCAACAAAAAUCGGGUCAAGGUUGAGCUGAAGAACGGAGCUACCUAUGAAGCUAAGAUCAAGGAUGUUGAUGAAAAGGCAGACAUUGCCCUUAUCAAAAUUGACCAUCAGGGAAAGCUGCCAGUCCUGCUGCUUGGCCGUUCCUCGGAGCUACGACCAGGAGAGUUUGUGGUAGCCAUCGGAAGCCCCUUUUCUCUUCAAAACACGGUCACCACCGGGAUUGUCAGCACCACCCAGAGAGGCGGCAAAGAGCUGGGGCUCCGGAACUCCGAUAUGGACUACAUUCAGACGGACGCCAUCAUCAAUUAUGGAAACUCCGGCGGCCCGUUAGUAAACCUGGAUGGCGAGGUGAUUGGGAUUAACACAUUGAAGGUGACGGCGGGCAUCUCCUUUGCAAUUCCAUCCGAUAAGAUAAAAAAGUUCCUGACAGAAUCCCACGACCGACAGGCCAAAGGGAAAGCCAUCACCAAGAAGAAGUAUAUCGGGAUCCGAAUGAUGUCGCUCACAUCUAGCAAGGCCAAAGAGCUGAAGGACCGCCACCGGGACUUCCCAGAUGUACUGUCUGGAGCGUAUAUCAUUGAAGUGAUCCCCGAGACCCCGGCAGAAGCUGGAGGGCUCAAGGAAAAUGACGUCAUCAUCAGCAUCAAUGGACAGUCGGUGGUCACUGCCAAUGACGUCAGUGACGUCAUUAAGAAGGAAAACACCCUGAACAUGGUUGUCCGCAGGGGCAACGAAGACGUUAUGAUUACCGUGAUUCCUGAAGAAAUCGACCCAUAGGCAGAGGCAGGAGCCUGACUUCAUGUUUCCCUCAAAACUCUCCAGUGGAUGACGCAUGAGAACUCUGAGCUGGUGACGCAGGACAUCCAGGAUCUUUGUCCAACGUUUUGCUUGUUCAGGGAACAUCCCUGCCGACAGAAUCCUUCUUGAUAGUGUGCGGGCAAAACAAAUGUAACGUUGCAGAUGCGCAGGCAGAAGCCCUACCCUCUGUAUGCUAUGUAUGGCAGCGUGCUUUUCCUUACAAGCUUGGGCUGUUCCUGCUUAAGCAGUCAACAUUCGUCUCUUUCCUUAGCCCAUGUUGUCCCGACUGAUGCGGUUGACUGGAUGCAUAGAUAAGAGGAAGGUCCUCACAGCCAUGGUCUUGGACGUGGUCACACUUUCCUCCAACUCUCAGCACCCAGAAGAAGUUCAUGCCCUGACACCAUAGGUGGGUGACCCUGGCUUCUGAGAUGGCCAGAGAUGCCUCUUAGAAAUCCUGGAACCAGGAGCACAACGACUUUGAGUUUCAGCUAUUAAAGUACUUCUUCAUACUUGG